CUCACUGUCCCGCCCCUGGGGCGCAGCCUGCUCGUCACCGGGUUAUGCUAUCAGUACCUGAACAAAGUUUAGAAAGUUGUUUCAAUCUUCCUGCACUUUUACUUCCACCCUGAGGCGUGUGUGGAACAUCGUCAGUCAGCGCGCAGGGCUUGUGUUGCACCUUCGCCUGGGGGCCUGCAGGAAGUUGUGGGAGGGCCUGCUGGAACGUCACAGGCGCUAUGACAAGCUUUGGUGAAAUUUGGGGUGUAGAGUGCUGUGAGCCCACCAGAGGGCUCACACGCUACGGAAAUGAGUAGAGUUCAGACAAAAAUUUGUAAGUAAAUGGGAUAGCAGCAUCCCAAAAUAUUCAGUGACAAGAUUCUGACAAUGGACAGAACGCAAGGAGACAGUGCCAGUCCUGUGCCCUUAGGAGAUACAGAGAAGAGGAGGACUGGAGAAGAGGACCCAGGACCAACUGGAGAAGAGGACCCAGGACCAACUCUGUUGGGAAAAGCACAUGAGUUCUUUCAGAUUUGUGAUGUGGAAGGCAAAGGCUUCAUCACUUGCCAAGACAUGCAGAGACUUUAUCCUGAGUUACCUCUUAGCCUGGAAGAGCUUGAAAAAGUUUUUGUUAUGUUGGAUGCGGAUGGCAAUGGCUCACUUACCCCAAAGGAGUUCACCACAGGAUUCAGCCAGUUUCUUUUGGGGCAGAUUGCUUUAAAUAAAGAAAUGCAACAAUCGGAAGCUGAAACAGACUGCCUACCUAAAAGUGAAGAGACUGUGAGAGAUGAUGAUGAUGAGGAAUUCCAGUUCUCAAAUCUGAUGGAUCGGCUUGGAGCAAAAAAGGUCUUGGAGGAUGAAAGUGAUGUGAAGCAGCUUUGGUUGCAGCUGAGAAAAGAUGAAUCUCACUUACUAUCCAGUUUUGAAGAGUUCCUGGCCAGAAUUUUUUCCCAGCUCCAGGAUGCAGAUAAUGAAAAGAAUGAGUUGGAAUGGGCUCUAAAAAAAAAAACUGCAGCUUUUGAUGAAGAAAUUCAAAAUCUCUAUGAAGAAAUGGAACAGCAAAUCAAAAAGCAGAAAGAGGAGUUUCUCUUGAAAGAUACAGAGAGGUUUCAGUCCUACAGCCAAGAGCUGGAGUGCAAGCUCCUGUUGAAAGAACAAGAACUGGACCAAUUGGUUCAAAACCAGAAAAGGUUGGAGCAACAAUGUACAGAACUUCUCAGUGGCAAACAAGAAAGCAAAGUAGAGAACACCAAGCUGAAGCUGACUAACCAGGAGCUGCUGGAUGACCUAGUGAGAACUUCUCAUGAUCUGCACUUGGCUCAACAACAGUUAGAAGUUCUUCAGGAGGAAGCAUCAAGGCUACAUGAGGAAAAGGAAAUGGAAGUAUACCAUGUGACAGAAACCUUACAGAGGGAGAAGUCAGGACUUCUGAAACAACUGGAUUUCUUAAGGGAGAGGAACAAACAUCUCAAAGAUGAACGUGACAUAUUUUUACAGCAAUGCAAAACAAGUGCUCGAAAAGCCAGCUGGAAGCAAAGAACAGGGUCUGUCAUUGGGAAAUACAUAGAAGGCAAUGUGCUACCUAAUAGCUAUUCAUUUGAAGAUGAUGUUUUCAAUAACUCAUCAAAAAGAAUGAAUUCUGCUGGAUUGAAUGGAUUUCCCUCUGUUGAGCCUGAUGCUGGAGCCACUGGAGGAAUGUCUAAAGCAUCCCAUCUCCAAAGAAUAAUAUCAAUUGAGGAAGAUCACUUACCCCAGCUUCUUGAUAGGUCGGUUGAUAAGCAGCUGAGCAAACAGACAGAAGAUGAAAGUACUUCUUCUGAGAUGGAAUUAGAUAAGAAAAACACAGAACCAUCAAUGGAACACUCACCACCAUCUUCUAGAGGGCAGCCAGCAGGGAAGGAAGCACUUUCAAAUGAGGAGGGAAUAAAAUCUGUGCCUGACCGCUUAUUCAAGAUAAUUUUAGUGGGGAAUUCAAGUGUCGGAAAGACUUCAUUCUUAAGGCGAUUUUGUGAAGAUCGUUUUUUCCCAGGCACAGCUGCCACUGUAGGUGUGGAUUACAAUGUGAAAACCAUCACAGUAGAUAAUACCCAGGUAGCCCUACAACUCUGGGACACUGCUGGCCAGGAACGGUACAGAAGUAUUACCAAGCAGUUUUUCAGAAAAGCUGAUGGUGUCAUUUUAAUGUAUGAUAUAACAGCAAAAGACACAUUCACAGCUGUCAAGCAGUGGCUGAUAAGCAUUGAGGAGGGAACAGGGGAGAAUGUACCUGUGCUUUUGCUGGGUAAUAAAACUGAUAAUGAAAAGGAACGAGAGGUCCCUAAUGGAAUGGGAGAGCAUCUUGCUAAGGACUACAAUUUAAUUUUCUAUGAAUGCAGUGCAUACUCUGGGCACAAUACCAAAAAGUCUGUGCUUCACUUAGCUAGGAUUUUAAAGGAACACGAAGAUAAAAUGAAAGAGAAAACCAUUGAACUUCAACCUGAUGUGAAUAAAAAGUCUUGCUGUAUUAGGCCAUAAUAUGCUGGGGGUAUGUUUAGACAAAAGGCUUACAUUUAUAACACACUACAUGGCACCAUCAGAUUUGCCUUAUCUUCCAAAAAUGUGUACUGCUGUGUUUGGAAUGUAGGUGUAAGCGAUCCCCAGAAUCCUUGUAUGUUCUUAUCUUCACAUUUACACCGAUGGUCUUUAGUUAGUUGCAACAUGUUUGGGGCAUAACAGUCUUUUAUUCCGUUUCAUGCCUAACACCACUGAAUCCUUCUUUGUGAUCAGAAGCUGCUGCAUUAUUAAUAAUAAAUAACUAUUAUAGGAAGAAAACCACUUAAAAUGUGAUUUUUACUGGUGCGGAUGACAUCUGAAUCAUUCUGUUUGCUUCACUGCAGGAUCAGGUUCUUCAGAUCUUGAUUUUGUUAGUUUUUUUUUUUUUUUUUUUUUUUUUUUUGGUGGUGGUGCUUUUUUAAAAAUCAAAACAGUCAGCUGCUUAGUUGCUUAAAACCAGCACACCAGCAGUUGUGAAUUUCAGAUGAUAUUUCAAAACUUAGUGUGAAAUAUACACGAACAAAGAGCUGAAGAACUUUGAAGAUUAUCAUACGUAGCAUUAACUUAUUCACACUACAAAUUGUUUCAUAUAUGUACUUGAUGAGAAGCCCUUCUUCCCACCUAGAUGUGCUGAAUUAGGUAUGUCCAUACAGGCCCCUGAGAUACCAUGGAGCCUUGCCUGAGUUAUUACCAAAUAAUCUGUGAUGUUUGCAGGGUGAAGGGGUGCCAUGGAAAGAUCAAGCUUAGUUUCCAGAAACAAAAAAGUCAUGGUGAUACACUGGCUAAUUAGCAUUGCACUUGGACCAAAUCAGCCUGGGCUCUUUACCAUAUUUGCCAUAGCUGUAUUGCAUUGUGUUCCAGAGCUUGAUGUGAACCUCUAUUGGGCUAAUAGUUGCAUGGUGUCCUGUAGAAGUCCCAAAGCAAUCAGGGCUAGCUUGAACAUUCAAAUAAAUUCA